AUUAUCUCUGCAGCCAGAAUGCUUCAUUCGGUUCUGCAUCUCAGUGACGAAAGGACCUAUUGGUAUUUCACCGAGCCGUGCUGCUUCGAUUGUUCGCUUGUUACUCUAUAGAAGUAAAAAAAUGCAUAUCUACGCUACGAUACUGUUGGCCCUUCUUGGCUUCACUCUUGGUGCUGUUCAAGCUCAGGACGUUGAAAAUGCCUAUUGCGAAAGUUACAAUCUGUUGACAUGUAACGAUGAAAAUAAAGAAAAGUGUGUUACGCAGCAAAAAUGCGGACCUAAGGGGCCAGAAACUCAUAAUCAUUGCUUUACUCUGUGGGAGUUAAACUCUGUUACCGGAGAUUCAAAAGUGCACAUGAAGGGAUGCUUUUUAAAUAACAAGGAUUGUUACAAUAAAUCUCACUGCGUCCAGAAGAAUAAAGACGCCGUUAAUCAACUGUUCUUCUGCUGCUGUAAUGGAGAUAUGUGCAAUCAAAAUGUGACUUACACACAAAUGUUAAAAAAACAUAAUGAAGACAAAAUUGCCACCAAUGAUGUGGAGAAGAAAGAUUUAGCGAGAAACGAGCAACAGUUUAUCCCUGCUAUUUUGUCAGUGUGUGUACUAAUUUUUAUCGUGACAAUUACCUUCAUCUCUUGGUACUGCCGCCACCGCAAGCAGGAUUACGAAAGCGAACUGUCUCAAGCAGAGCAGGGAAUUAAGCAUUGCUCCACCACCUCCAAUUCUGAGAGUGUACAUUCAGAGACCAACAGCUAUAAAUCCGACUGUCUGCUGCCUGAGCUUUUGGAGAAGAAAGCAUUAGGCCGCUUCGGAGGCGCCGUCUGGAAGGCGCGCCGUGACGACGAGAUCAUUGCCGUUAAAAUGUUCCCCCUCGUGAACAAACAAUCAUGGCAAACUGAACUGGAAGUCUUCCAACUGCCUCACAUGAAUCACGAAAACGUGCUGAAAUUCAUCGAUUCCCUGCGAUGCGGUCAGAGCCUGGACGCCGAAUUUUGGCUGAUAACGACUUAUCAGGAAAGAGGAUCGCUUUGCGACUUUCUGGAGACGAACACCGUUAGCUGGAACGAGAUGCAUAAAAUUGCGCUCUCUAUUGUAAGCGGCUUGAACCACCUUCACAGCGAGAUAUCAUCAGACGGCGGCUACAAACCUGCAAUUGCUCACCGGGAUUUGAAAUCCACAAACGUUCUGCUAAGCGGAGACAUGCGCGCCUGCAUCGCAGACUUUGGCUUAGCGCUAAUCUUCAAGGCGGACGACGGUGUUUGCGGAAAUCAGUACGACCGCGUCGGCACCCACCGCUACAUGGCGCCGGAGGUCUUAGACGGCGCCAUCAACUUCACUAAGGAGUCUUUCCUCGCAAUCGACAUGUACGCCUGUAGCCUCGUGCUCUGGGAACUUGCUUCACGUUGCGUCGUUAAGAAGGGCGAUACAGAACGAUCCUACAGACUGCCAUUCGAAAAAGAAGUCGGUUCACGCCCAACUUUGGCAGACAUGGUAAAGUGCGUUUCAGAAAAAAAAAUUAGACCUCAUAUUCCCGAAACUUGGCGAGAACAUUGGGGCCUGGCAGCAAUGUGCGAAACCAUGGAAGAGUGCUGGGACCAGGAUCCAGAAGCUCGACUUUCAGCUUCCUGCGUAUUGGACAGAAUUUCUUCACUGAAAAAUGAAUGAUAUAUAGUUGUAUUCUAGAUGAUAAAUCAUUUGCAUUUAAAUUGCGAUUUUUCUGCAGGCUUAAAAUUAAUUUACAUUUUUUUGUCACUCGGAUUAAGAAAUAAGUAAAAUAUAGUCUGUAUAAAAUGUAUUUUCAAAAUAUGUAU